AUGUUCAAACAGUCAAUUAGACCACUAGUCUCAACCCGACUAACUUUUGUUCGUUAUAACAGCUCUGCAGCCUACACGGCUGCGGUCAGCCUGUUGAAGGGAGACUUAAAAAAGGCUAUGAUUGCCAAGGAUGAAAUGAAGAAGACGGCUAUUAGGAGCAUGCUAUCAGCCAUCAAGAACAAAGAAAUCGACUUGAAAGGGAAGAGUGCUGACGAGUACUCUCUGUAUGACAUGUACUCCAAGUUAAUCUCCCAAAGAAAAGACUCCAUCAACGAAUUUAUUGCCAACAAAAGAGACGACUUGGUGGACAAAGAAAGAGGUGAGAUGGACAUCAUAAAAAAAUACAUGGAUCAGUUGCCAGUGUCAUCGGAGCUUGACAUUGAUCAAAAUGUGAAGAGUUUGUUGGACGCCCUUAAGGAAAAGGCUGGUGACAAAAAGGUCCAAAUCAAAGAAAUUAUGGGGCAAUUUGACUUAAAGUCCUUACCAACAGAAUGGAAGACAUCACCAACUGCCAUUAAAAAUAGCAUUGUGAAGCAGUUCAAGGAAAUCUUCAAAUAA